UUGGCCAGCCGAUCGCAUUUGUUAGUUCAACCGGGAGAGACAGGAACACGUGCACAUGUGGGGGAGCUUGGCAUUACGCGACCAGUUGCUGAGCAACGUGCUCAACGUGGGGGUUGCUUCUGCGCUGCAUUGCAGGCGAGUGAAAACACUGUAACUCGGGUUAGUAACACACCGGUCCGCCCCACGAUUACGCGAGCGACUCGCAAGGAUCGCUCGCGUAAAGUGGCGGUUAUGACCGCCAUGAAUAACCACGGUGCAGUGUGGGGUGAGCGUAUAAGACGACUGGCUCACGAAAUGUUCAAGGAAGAGAAAGACGUGACGAUAGUGGACUUGCACCAGCAAAUGCGCACAUCCUACCCAGAAUUUGCGUUGUCAACAAUGUCAUUGUGGAGGCUUAUGAAAGGUCUUGGAUUCUCUUACAAGAUCCUCAAAGGCCAACGCUACAUUUUCGAGCGCUCGGACCUUGCGCGGAAGCGAUCGUUGUACUUGAGGAAGAUCGAGGAGCUAGGAGAAGAGGGACUGCGUGGUGUACAUGGACGAGACGGUAUGGUGAAGAAGAGAGGCUGGAUGGACAACACCCUGUCGCGCUUUCCCUCCGAGGAAACCAUACAGCAGUAUUCCUGUGGCAAGACUGCUGGGAAGAAUAAAGGGAAGCGCGGCAUCGUUAUUAUGGCAUUGUGUGAAGGUGGAAUCAUACCCGGCUGUACCCGCGUUCUCGUCUGUGGACCCCGAACUGCGCAGUAUUCAGAGAUGGACCACACGAUUUUUGAAGAAUGGCUGCGAUCGUCAAUCCCCCUGAUGAGGGAAGUUCGCAGCUGGUCGGAAUGUCACUCUAGUACUCGACAAUGCACCUUACCAUACGAGGGUACUAGAGAGGGUAAGGACAAAUUUUGUACACACUAUUCAGGACUGUGUAAAUGUUCCGACCAGGAGCUCCACGAGGCAGGAACAUCAUGGACUACCUCUCCUCACAUGGCAUCGAAAGGAGGUUCGUUUGUCCAUCGAGAUGAAGUCAGCUACCGUCCUGUAACGCUAAGUUUAGCUGGACCUCUUCGUUACCAGUCGAGGCGGAGUCUCAGCCCUACGCACUGGAGCUGUGCUGGAGUUAUCUCAAGCACCAUCUUAACAAGUUGGGAAGAGCCUACAGAUAGGCUGGAGACAGUGAGAAUUAGGGCUGUCGAGAUUUUGAGGAACGUGCCGAGGAGUCUCUGCGAGGGAUGGUGCUGGGAGGCAAUGAAGGAGGAGGACUCCGCACGGCUUAAAGAGGCGCUGGAUGCCAAUAAUAAUAAUGUUGGCAAUGAGGAGAUGUUCUCCUCACUAGACAUUUCAUCUGAUAGUAGUCUGUCAGAUGAAUCGCUAGAUGGAUUCAGUGUGGAACUGUAG